GCACAGAUCAUUGCGUUCACACCAGCCGCGGAUCAAGGUCCGAACGAGGAGCCUUUAGGGAACUCAUGCAAACCUCUCUCCUGCGUAAGAGGAGUCCUUUCCUUGCUCUCUAUCGGUGAGGAUCUCUCCCCUCAGACCCAGAACAAGCUCUCAGUUUGCGGAUCUUUGGCGUAGAGGGGCGCGGUGACCAGCAGCUGCACACAAUGAUCCCCAAGAUUGCGCUGUGCUCGCAGUCUCUGCGGAACUACUGUGCUUUUUCCAGAGCUUUAAAAGUUGUGCAGACACCGUGGACACGUCAUCCAGGACUACCUGCAGCAAGUCGUGGCAUUCAUGUGGACUCUCCGCCCACAAUCCCAACGCUCACUACCAGCUAUGCACACGGCACGUCUACCACAUCCUUGCUCCACACUACAGUCGGAGAAACCCUGCUGCGGACUGUGGAGCGCUGGCCUGAUAGAGAGGCCAUGGCCUUUCUGGAAGGUGGAGUCCGCAAGACCUUUGCCCAGUUUCAGCAGGAUGUGGAUCGAGCUGCAGCCGGGCUGCUGGCGCUCGGCCUGACGAAGGGAGACCGGCUCGGCAUGUGGGGACCCAACACUUAUGAAUGGAUCCUCUUCCAGUUCGCCACAGCCAAAGCUGGCAUUAUACUGGUGUCUGUGAAUCCAGUGUACCAGCUGCAGGAGGCCGAGUUCGCCCUGCGGAAGGUUGGAUGUAAGGCUAUAGUGUGCCCUGAGCAGUUUAAGACUCAGAAAUACUGCAACAUGCUGAGGCAGAUAUGUCCCGAGAUCGAGUCGUCCACCCCGGGAGACAUCAAGAGUGCCAGACUCCCAGACCUCCGCUCCGUGAUUGUUCUGGAUAAUCGACAACCAGGAAUGCUCCAUUUUGAAGACGUGAUGGAGGCGGGAAGCAGCCAGUACGUACAGCAGCUGCAGGAUUUGCAGAAGACGAUCUCCUUCGACGACCCGAUAAACAUCCAGUUCACCUCGGGCACAACUGGGGCUCCAAAGGGCGCCACCUUGUCUCAUUUCAACAUCGUCAACAAUGCCUACUACGUUGGCAAGAGAGUGGGAUACACCUGGAAGCCUCACCCUCGGAUCUGUCUGCCUGUGCCUCUCUACCACUGCUUCGGCUCCGUGGGCGGUGGGAUGUGUAUGGCCGUGCAUGGCAUCUCCCUGGUCUUUCCCUCUGCAGGGUACGAUGGAAAGGCCAACAUAGCAGCUCUGGAGAGUGAAAGGUGCACCUUCAUCUACGGCACCCCCACCAUGUACGUUGAUAUGAUCAGCCAACCGGAUUUGGCCAAAUACGACUUAUCAUCAGUUGAGACAGGCAUCAUGGCUGGUUCCCCUUGUCCUCCAGAACUUGUAAAGAAGGUCAUUUCUGCAAUGGGCAUCAAAGGAAUAACAAUUGGAUACGGUACCACGGAGAACAGCCCUGUGACGUUCUGUGCCGACCCGCUGGACAACAUACAGAGGAAGUCCGAGACCGUCGGCUUCAUCAUGGACCACUUAGAGGUUAAAGUAGUGAACCCCACAACUGGAGAAGUGGUACCUCUGGGGGAGCUGGGGGAGAUCAUGAUCAGAGGCUACUGUGUGAUGUUGGAGUACUGGGGGGAUCAGGCCAAAACAGAGGAGUGUAUCACGAAAAGCGGCUGGUACAAAACCGGAGACAUCGGCAGCUUGGACGCGUACAGCUACUGCCGGAUCGAGGGCCGGAUCAAAGACAUGCUCAUCAGAGGAGGAGAGAACAUUUACCCGGCGGAGAUCGAACAGUUCCUGCACACACACCCCAAAGUGAAGGAGGCACAGGUGGUCGGAGUUAAGGAUUUCCGUAUGGGUGAAGAGGUCUGUGCCUGCAUCAAACUGGCGGACGGAGAGAAAUGCACUGCAGAAGAGAUCAAAGCCUACUGCAAGGGACAGAUCGCUCACUUCAAGAUUCCUCGCUACGUGCUGUUUGUCACCAGCUACCCGCUCACCAUCACUGGAAAGAUCCAGAAGAACAAACUACGCGAGGAGGCUGAGAAGCAGCUGGAUCUGGAGAAGGGGAAAUGAGAUAAUUGCGCAUCGAGAUAAUUCAAAUAUUGUAUGUCUUGUACCACAAACACCAAUUGGGGUUACGUACCCCGCCAUCAGAACACCUUAAAACGUCUCCAGAAAUAAUAACAGACUGCCUGAGCCUCCCGUAGCCGUGUGAUGGCUGGGUACGCAGUGCAGUGUCGUCUGUAUCCUCCUGCAACCGCCUGUUUAAAGGGAGAACUGUAGUCACAUUAUGUAUUUUUCUUGCUGUCAACAAAUCCCAUGUUGCACUGGGUGACAUCUUCCUUUUGUUACUGUGAACACACACACACACACAUAUACACAUAUACACGCCGUCCUGCUUCUGUAAAUACUCAUCAGAGCAACAAAUGUGGAUUAAUCCGCCGCUGAAAGUCUAACAAAUGCACUUUUUCCUUCUGACUGAGUAAAAAAACUACACUGCCCACAUGGUUGAGGAAGUUACUGAGCCUUUUAGAAAAAGGAAAUUAUAUAUUUGUGAGCCAUUUUUUAAAGAUUUAUAUCUUCACUAAUGAACAAUUUUGGUGAUUUCAGGGGAUUUGUUGACAAUAAGAGAAAUCUAGAUAAACUCCAGCCUUAUCCUUUAACAUCCUGCUGUUCUCUGUAACAGAAAUGUGAGCCCAGCAGAUACAGAUCGAUCCAUGAAUGAGCGUUGAAGAUCAGUGCAGAACUUGUGGAUGUUGAAACCACUCAGUUUUUUUUUUUUUUUUUUUUUUUUUAAAUCGAGCUACAAAAAUCUUUUUUACAUCAACCUGGAAUAAACUUUGUACGGCAUUAUUAAAACCA